UCAGCAAAGUCGGGGCAAGCUCAACUAAGUAGUCGCCGAACGGCAGAACGAAUAAAACUGGACAGUGGCUGUGCGUAUUUCAAAAGCAGCAUUCGAUCGACUGCCAUCGUCGUCAGCCCAGUAGCCGUAGCCGGCGCUAGUCUGCACUGCCGUCGCAUUCUGGGACCUCGGACUCUGUGGCGCGCGUAAGCCUUGUGUUUUAACAGGGCCCAGGAUGACGGUUCAGGACCUCUUGGCCAUCACAUCAGCAUCCACUUGUUCACCAAUCAGAUAUACUAAUCUUCAGAAAAAGUGUCCGGUUCGGGAUGCGGAGGCAGUGCCGUCGGAUCGAGAGCCUCGCACUUCGAUGGUGCAGAAUUCGUAAUAGUUGAGCCGCCUGUUAGAUGACGACGGCCAGAAUGCUGUUUGUCUGCGUCUGCACAAGUAUAAAUAUAUCCCGCCAUAUCGCUUCUCUAAUCUUGGACAAGACAACAACAAUUCAAAAUGCUUACAACUACCUUACUGGCCGUAUUGGCCCUUUCUAUUCCCUCUUCCGCAAAGCCGUGCCCUCCACUGGGCCGCACGCUGCCUGCGCCAACAGCGCCAUCUACUAACAGUGCUGUGAAGCAGGCGGGCGAGGCUCUAGCCAAACAACUGCAAGAUACACUUCAGCCUCUGUUGAGUCAGAGCGCGGUCAGUGUGGCAGUCAAGUCACUCCAUGAAGACAAGCCACUGUUCAACUGGCACUUUACGCCCACUAACAUGUCGGGUAUUGGCACGACCAAGGUGGAUGAAAACACCAUUUACCGUGUGGGAAGCUUCUCCAAGGUAGUAGCUGCACUGGUGGCUCUUCAGAGUGACAAGAUUGAUAUGCAAGCCUCGGUGCUCAAGUAUCUUCCUGAUUUGAAAAAGAGUGUGUCGCUCGACGCACACCAUUUUGACUGGGAAGACAUCACUGUGGAAUCCCUUGCGUCUCAUCUCUCUGGAAUACCUACUAGCAUUGCAACGGACUUGGCUGUCUUUUCCCAAAUUCCCUGGACGGCCUUGGGCUUACCACCUGUGGUGGACGGCACUGGCCCAACUUGUUCUGGCUUUGGCGGCACGCCAAAGUGUACACCAAAGGACAUUCUGGAUACCAUUAACCGCAAUGCAGCCAUCUUCAAGCCUUUUACAUCGCCUGCAUAUUCUAGCACUGCCUAUGGCGUGCUCGGAAUGGUCCUUGAGGCAGCAACGGGUAAAAAGUUCGCCGAUCUUGCCAAGGAGGCCGUCUUUGAUGUUGCUGGUAUGAAAGCAAGUUCGUUUGAAGGGUUUAUUCCUUCGCUUGAGAACCGUGUAUUCGUUCCCCAACAAGAGGAAACGUGGAAUGGGACUCUCGGAGUCUUUGAAGCGGCUGGUGGUAUGUUUUCUUCGACCAGCGACAUGCUCGCCUUUGCCGACGCAAUAAUGGCCAACCGGUUACUUUCUCCUGCGGCUACGCGCGCUUGGAUGAAGCCCAAGACACACACAGCUUCUCUUAGCUUCUCUGUGGGUGCACCAUGGGAGAUACUCCGCUCAACACGCCUGGCAAAGGAUGGCCGCGUUAUCGAUGUGUACACCAAAACGGGCGAUCUCGGCCAAUAUCACGCACACGCGGGUAUAGUACCUGACUAUGACAUUUCUGUCUCCGUCCUCACUGGAGGCCAAGAAGUUGCACAGGAUCCCCAUGCAGCGACAGAAAUCUUCAGUUCCACCGUCAAGGCACUUAUCCCAGCCAUUGAUGAGGCCGCCCGAAGCGAAGCAUCGUCGGACCGUGGCCACAUUGCAACAUACGUCGACAAGGAUAGCAAGUCAAAGCUCGUCCUGGCGAUUGAUAACGGCCCUGGAACCAACAUUCGAGAGUUUACUGUUCGUGGAUUUGAUGUGCUGUCACAUAUCUCCCUCUACAGUCUCGAUGGAAUACAACACGCAAGCAACAGCACCGAGAAGCCCUUUGUCGACGGCCGUCUAUAUCCUUCUGACAUGUCGACAUCAAAGACGGUGAAGCGCAGAGACCACUCGAAGCAAUGGGAGGCGCGUGAAGAUGUGUCGGGCAGCCGGGAUGUAUUCCGAGCUGUGUUUGAGACGGCGACGCAUGCGCAGAGACACGCACUGGAGGAUAAGCUAUUCUACGAGGACGGUGCAUGCGAGAGCUGGUUCAACUUGGACCAAAGGCUGUACGAUUUCAAUAGCCUUGGCGAGUUCCAGUUUAUCAAGGACGAUGCUGGCGCCGUGAAAGCGGUGGAAAAUGAGGCCUUUGGGGUAACCAUGGUGAAAGUUUAAGAAAGCUGUAGCUCUUUAUAUCGCUGUUAGUUGAUGUUUCUAUUGUAACCUGUAUUCUAUAUAUUUUGCUUUCUAUAUUAAAAAAACAACGACCAUAUUUUAUAUCAUACUAUUAAAUAAACUAAAAUAAUC